UUUCGUUUGUUUAUGGUAUUCAAAGUCUUCCAACCCAAUUAAACACGUCGUCCGGCGCGACAACUGCGGUUGGGGAAGAAGAACAUUCUUCCCAUUAACCCAUCACGUUUCCAUAUCAUAUGACUCAUCGAAUCUCCUCCUCCUCGACCAUUCUUUAUUUAAAUCCCCUUUGAUUUCUUAAUUCCCUUCUCCCUUGAAAUAUCCUUACUCCUCGAUUUCAGCUCCAUCGGAACAACCCUUUUGACGUAUGUUGUAGACUGUCCUGUUUUAUUUGGGGAUGCAUUCUUCUAUGUCCAAGGAAGCUGUUAUGAAGAGCAGAAGCACCGGCGGCAAGAUUUCAACCAAAUGGAUUCCUCUUAUUUGCUUUUCAUUCUUUCUUUUCGGAAUGCUUUUCACAAAUAGAUCGUGGGCUCCACCCGAUUCCGGAAAUCAGCUGAUUUCGCAGCGUAGACAUGAACAAGAGCUGCAGAUAAUCACAGAAGACUGCACAACGAAGAAGAAGAAGAAUGGGCAAGACAAGGAUGUGAUGGAUGAGGUCUACAAAACCCAUGAAGCGAUUAAAUCACUAGACAAGACUAUAUCAAUGCUUCAGAUGGAGUUAUCAGCCACACGGAGUUCCAAGGAGUUGGGUGUCUCUGAUGCUUCUUCUUCUUCUUCUGAUUCCAUUUCUGCAAAGUCACAUGAUGUCUCAUCUAAGAAGAAAGCAUUCAUUGUUAUUGGAAUCAACACUGCUUUUAGUAGCAGGAAGAGGCGAGAUUCUGUUAGACAGACAUGGAUGCCUCAAGGUGAGAAACUUCUUCAGCUUGAGCAUGAAAAGGGUAUUAUCAUCCGCUUCACAAUUGGUCACAGUGCUACAUCUAACAGCAUAUUAGAUAGAGCUAUUGAUUCAGAAGAUGCUCAACACAAGGACUUCCUCAGGCUGGAGCACGUUGAAGGCUAUCAUGAACUGUCGGCGAAGACCAAAAUAUUCUUUUCCACCGCAGUUGCAAAGUGGGAUGCUGAUUUCUAUGUGAAGGUGGAUGACGAUGUUCAUGUCAAUUUGGGCAUGCUUGCUACAACUCUUGCACGUCAUAGAACCAAGCCUAGAGUAUACAUGGGCUGCAUGAAAUCAGGACCAGUUCUAUCUCAAAAGAAUGUGAAGUAUCACGAACCGGAGUCAUGGAAAUUCGGAGAGGAAGGGAACAAAUACUUUCGACAUGCUACAGGACAGAUAUACGCAAUAUCCAAGGAUUUGGCAACAUACAUUUCGAUUAACCAGCCGAUACUGCACAAGUACGCAAAUGAAGAUGUUUCGCUAGGUUCAUGGUUUAUCGGGCUUGAAGUUGAGCACAUUGAUGACCACAAUAUGUGCUGUGGAACCCCGCCAGAUUGUGAGUGGAAGGCCCAAGCGGGUAACGUGUGCAUAGCGUCGUUCGACUGGAGUUGUAGUGGAAUUUGCAAAUCUGUCGAAAAUAUUAAAUCUGUGCAUGAAAAAUGUGGGGAAGGGGAAGCAGCUAUAUGGAGCACUUUCCUGAAGUAAAAUGUUCUGAGUGAUUUGUAGAUGUUUUUGUUUUGUUUUUUUGAAGAUAGAAAUUGGUUUUGGUUUUUUCAAGGAUCAUACAAGAAUGCUGAAAACAAAUUGAAGCCCAUACUAGAUUUAUACA